ACGUUCCUUUCCUCAUUUCCUCUUUCAUGUUUUGGUUCAAUGUUGACGGUUUACCGGGUUGGAGGUGCUUUUAAUCGAAAUUAUAGUUUUUUUGCUGGAGUUUCCCAAAAUUCACAAAUGUUCUCGACACAUAAGAAGACGAUAUCAAAUUUCCUUAGAAAUGUCGUUUCAAAACGAAGUUCUGAACGAACUUUCACAGUUUGUGUUGAAGGCAAUAUAGGUAGCGGAAAAACAACAUUUUUAAAUAAUUUUAAAGUAUACAAAAACACUACUGUGAUCCAAGAACCUGUUCAACUCUGGCGCAAUGUUGCUGGCACAAAUUUACUGGAUUUAUUCUAUAAAGACCCAGGCCGCUACGCCUAUUUAUUUCAGUCUUAUGUACAAUUGACAAUGGUUCGAUUGCACGCAAUGCAUACUCCUCAGCCUUAUAAAAUUAUGGAAAGAUCGGCAUACAGUGCAAAACUUUUCAUUGAAAACAUGAAACGAUCGAAAACUAUGCAGGACGUCGAGUUUUUUGUUGUCGAUGAAUGGUUCAAUUGGUCAGUCCAAAAUGCUGGAAUCCAUACUGAUUUAAUAGUGUACUUAAGGACUUCUCCAGAAGUAGUUUACAAAAGAAUGCGAGAUCGAGCGCGAAAAGAAGAAGAUUGCAUAAGCCUCGAAUUUUUGACACAGCUUCAUCAAAUUCACGACGAAUGGCUUCUCAACAAAAAUUUUUCCUCUUUACCAGCGCCAGUUAUUGUUUUAAAUGGGGACAAAAGUAUAGAAGAGAUGAUGAGUGAAUUUAAUAUUUGUAAAGACAGUAUCUACAGUAAAGGAAGUUUGCAUGAAAUGGAAAUAGGAGACGCAGAAUCUCAAAGGAUAUAAGAAUUGAUGGCCAAUCGAUGCAAGUUAAUUUUUUUCUACCUAAUUUCGUUUACUUAAUUUUUUACAUUUUUAGAUGUUGAGGGCAUUUAAUAACUUAAUUUAGGAUCACCAGUUUUCUAGGAUCUCUUGAGUUUUGAGAUAGGGUAGGAAGAAAAAGAUCUUUGGCGUCUGUUAUAAAUCAGUAUUACUAUUAUGAAGAUAACUUAAAAAAUGAAUGGUUUAUCUUGAUCCUUUAGAUUGAAUUGUGACCAGUGUCAAAACCAUACAAGAAAUAAUACAUUUUGUACUCAAUGUUCUGUAAAUAAUUUUUCUUAUUUAGGAAAUAAAAAUGAAAUUUUUCAAAAUGUUUCUACAAACUUGGGAAAGUGAUAACUGUCUGUUCUAAGGUAUUUUGUACAGAAAUAAAUACUGAUGAACA